AAGGGCAGGGGAAAUGCAGCACUAGAAACCCUGAGCUCCCUGCGUGUGUCCCUGUGACUUUAGCCCGGGCUUCUCACCUCAGUCUCUGCUCCUAGGUGACAUGCUGACAAAGCUCUCCAGGGGCUGGAGCUUUUAUAGUGGGAACCUCCAUUACUUUUCUCAAGAAAAAAAGCCGUGGGAUGAGGCCGAGCAGUUCUGUGUGUCUCAGGACUCUCACCUGACCUCUGUCUCCUCCCAGGUGGAACAGGAGUUUCUCUCCAAGGAGACCAAGGGACAAGGUCACUGGAUUGGACUCACCGACCGGGAGACAGAAAGCAGCUGGCACUGGGUGGAUGGCACAGAAUUCAGAGCAGACGCAAGCAGGGAGUUCUGGGAGGAGAAUCAGCCAGACAACUGGGAUCAGGGGACAGGAGGCAGAGAAGACUGUGUUGAGAUCCACCCAAGCAGGCUGAAUCUGUGGAAUGAUGCCAGCUGCAUUCAGCCUUCUAGGUGGAUUUGUAAGCAGGCCCAUGGACAGGCUGGGUUGUGACAUGCAGGUCCCAGCACCUCAGAAAGUGCCUUAAUUUCCAAGCUAUGGAGCAUGUUUUCCAGCCACCUGCCGAUGAGGAGCCCUGUGCACUGGCAGGGACGCUUUGUCUUGGUGUGAUAUUUCUGGCUGUAGCAGAGACAGCUAGCCUUAUGCCACUCAGUGUGGAUGGCUCUGUAAUUUGUAUGUUUCCAGGUCUGUCACUAAAUAAAGUCCUUGGAUCAUGGAGUCAAUGUUUCAUAAUCAUCCAAUAAAUAAUUAUUUGCCUGA